UGCGCCAGUCAGUUACUGAGCAACAACAUGGAGCUGCACGAAGCGGCCGCAGGGAGUGACAGCACGCCCAUCGCCACAACGCCUCCUGCCUCCCCUGCCUCGCGGCUCAGCCGGGCCGAGGAGCUGAGGAGCCAGAGCAGCAGCCCAGGCAGUGGCACACACCUGUCCAGCACCAGCGGUGUCUCUCUGGGGGAGGCCAUCGUGCAGAGGGCCAAGCAGGGUAUGGAGUCAUGGUACCAGUUGCCAGCAGAGGGUGAUGUGAGCCGUCUGACGGCAGCCUCUGUGACCAGGCUGGAUCAGCCCUCCUGGCCAGCUGAAGAGCACACAGCCCCCGAUUCCCCCCCGCCGCAGGCAGGGAUGAUCUCCACAGCUGACGAAGCCAGACAGCAUCAGGCUAAAGAAGUGCAGGCUUCACAGCUAGCUUUUCAAGAUAGCCGUCUGUCACCCGCUCUUCCUCUGCUCCCUGGGAAAGCCACAAGCCUGCCAGAUGACACUUUCUUUCAGCAAACAGGAUUAGAGUUUGCCCCCCUCAGGGGAUCUCCAGAUAUCUCUGUCAUGUCUGAACGGUUCGCAAGACCACUCCAGAUGAGUGAUGCUAUUCAACUUGCCAUUACUGAGGUCUCUGAAGACUUUCCCGGCGACCACCCUUCACUGUCCCAGCAUCCAUUGGCUGUUACCACAGUUAUGGGUGAUGAUGCCAGCAGCGUGUGCUCUUUAUCCCAACACACUCUGUCACCAUCGUCCACCGAUGAAGGUGUGAGCAAUUGUGAGAAGGCCCCAGAGGAGGAAAUGGAAGAGGACCGAUUUUCAAGACUUCAAGUAUCUCUGUCCAGAGCUGAAGAGCAGCAGGAUCCUGCUGCAGAGAAGCAUGCCUCAUCUGUUGCUUCCCUACUGGACAAAGUGGUACAUGGGCCGUUGGAAGACGAUGGUUCAUUCUUAAACAGUGAUGUUCCUGCUCCUCUUUUACUGGAAUUGCUAGAAAAAGAAGUUGGCUUGUCAAGCAGUGGCACAUCCUCAUCCACGUCUGGGAACUCUUCAAGCCAGAUUGAAGUUGUGGUCAGUCAGGGGCUAAACACAGGACAUUCUGAGCAUUUUAUUGAGGAGUCAGUAGAAAAAGACAUAGCACCCGAUGGCUCGGGGGAAGACUCAGUGGUGCCAAAACCUGAUUUGUCUAGAAGUUCCUUAGAGCAAGAAUCUUUCAGAGUGUCAAGAGAUUUGUCUCCAGGCAAAACUUCAUUUUCAUCCACAAAGCCUGCAGAGAAUACUAAAGACAAAGCUGAAUUAAAUGAGUCAGACAGGUGUGAAAAGUCCAACAUCACUACUCGCUCUUCUCAUACAAAGUCAUACGAUGAGUUAUCUGAUGCCCCCUGUGAGCAGCUAUGCUCUGAGAGUAUAUUUAGACCUUUUCAGUCUUUGUCUGAUUCUAGAAAAGUGCAGAAAGAUCCUUUACCACCAAACAGUGAGACAGUCACCCCAAAUACUGGAUCCCUGGGGACAUACAGUGGAAAAGACAGCAUCAUUACAGCAGUACCAACUGGCAUUGGCAAAACUGAAAUAUCAUUGUCAUCAGGAUUCAGCUGUGAGAAAGGACAGAAGGAGACAGAGCUGUCAAACUCAGGAAGUCAUAUGGCUGUGGAGGGAUCUUUCCUGGGAUCUCUUGCUCAGCCAAUUUCUCAUUCAACCCCAGGUGUGAUUGCUGGCAUCCCAAGAGCCAGUGUGCAGCCAGCUUCUGCAAAGCUGUCCCCAAUUGAGUCAAAUCUUGAAGCCUCUGCAGAAGCACCCCAUUGCAGCUCCUCUGACACAGGUCUUGCUCCUUCCAGUUUAAAAGAUGUGGAAGAGCCAACCAGAAUUGUUUCUGGUACUGGAGUGGUUAAUGUUGCUUCUCAUCAAACAACAAGAAAGAUUCAUUCUUUGCCUGCUCUGAAUUAUAUGGAGAAGGUAGGAGCAUGGAAUGUGACUCAGUCAACGGGUAAAACAUUUUUUGACCACUUGGCACUGAAAGGUUUCACUGGGGUUUCUCCCAAGAAGAAGGCCUAUGAUGCCAUUGCCGAUUCAUUAAAUCACAUUUUUUCCCAGCAAAAAAGUGACAAAACACCAUUGCCAUCCACCUCAAACAUCAGCAGUCGUAGUCCCAGAAGGAACCUAGCCGCUUCGUUUUCGGGAACCUCAUCACCAGCCAAAGAGACUCCUGGCAGUGCAGGAGGUUUAGGAAGGUCCUUGUCUUAUACGUCCGUCAGUACUGUAGCCAAAGAGGUUCAGCAAGCUGGAGCUCCUGAAUGUGCGAAAAUGGAAGAGUCUCGCUCUGAGUUUGGCCAAAAGAAACACUGUGCUUCAGCAGAAGAAGCAGCCAGCACCUCAGUUGCUCAAGACUCAUCUGCAGACAGAUCUGCCCAUAUGGUGGUUAGGAAGAAUGUGUCAGAGAGUUACAAUGUUCCACUUCUCACUGAGCCACUUGUUUUAUCAGAGAAGGGGUUGUCCACCUCCACUGAUAAAGACCGAUGUUGCACACAGAGAGUGAAACAAGGAAAGCUGCUGGAAUUGGAGAAUUCUUCCCAGCCACCUUCGCAGGUGAGCUUAGGCAGAUUCAGUGAUGUAUCUGCAAGCCAAGACCUAAGCAACACACUGGCCAGUUCACAGGACACAGUUCCCAGUUACCGUGGUCAAAGAAGACAGUCGGCUUCAACAGGAGCAGUCUCCGUCUCCUCGCCUGUUAGUUUGGAAGUAGAUAACUAUGCUCCAUACUGGGCCACCAAUCCUUCAACGCCAGCAAGAAAUAAAGAGUUAAACAUAGAAGAGAGAAUUCCAAUGUACCUUCAAAAUCUUGGAAUUGACCAAUCACCAUCAACUAUACUUACUCCGUUUGUGCCAAAAGGACCCAUAAGAGAGCCAGAAUUUUCACCAACUGAUCUUCGCACAAUAAAGGGUUCGACAGGAACCCCAACGAAGAGCACACAGCCCUCAGAAGGUGGCAGUCCUGCGAAAGGAGACUUUUCACAGUCUAGUUUGUUUUCUGUGAACUCUACUAGCCUGUCUGUGCCAUUGAGUUCUGAUGUAGAUCGUGAAUCACCAUUGCACGCUGAGUCCUCUGUGCAGAACGUUGCUGAGUCUUCUUCAGACAAACCUGUCAGUCAGUGCAGCCUUCAGACGGCUUUCCAUCCACUGGAUCGCUCUUUGGAUCUUCGAGGAAAACAGCCAUCGGACGAUACCUCACAAUGCAAAGAGACCAUCAGCGCUGAACCUUUUUCAUCUUCAGAGGCCAGGCAGCGCUUGAAUGGCAACAGUGAUCAUGUGAUUUCCUCACGUGUGCAAAAGCGUGUUAGUCAGUUUCAGCCUGGUGAAAUGUGCGUCACUCCCGAUAGUCUAUCCUCCUCCUCCUCUCUUGCAGAGAACGAACAGCAAACUGGUCCUCAGGAUACAGAACAAAAGGAAGCGUAUUACUUUCCAAAGGUCACCCAUACACCACCGCGAUGCAGCCUGGAUCUGGGGAAUGACUCUUUUGUUGGGACUAAAACCCUGCAGGAGAUCCGAAAACUUUUGGGCCAGGCAGAGAGCAUCGUGUCAGGAAGGUCCUCCUUCUCCUCGCCUUCAGCAUCUUUAAGAGGCUCUGAAGACCUUUCUUCAUUUCUGCAAAAGAAUUUAGACAGCUUCCACGAUUCUCUUGCUUCUUCUGAAGAAAAUCAUGAGAGCCACUCAUCACUGCUGUGGAGGAAGUCCUCCUCCGAUUCCAUGCUCACAUUAGACGGGCUGAAAGGCAGUUCCUGGCAAGAGGUACUACAGUCACCCAGGGCAUCUGCCAGCAGAUCUGUAAUUACUGCAGAGCACGAAAGAGUCUCCAGUGUAAAGACUGCAGAAUCAACAUUUCUAAGCGAUGCCUCAAAAGAGUUCACACAGGGGCGUACAUGCUCUGUUUUCACAGCCAAAAAUGUGAGGAGGUCUGAGCCUGAAGGCUGCAGUGAGGCCACUCAGGAUAAGGUGGUUUCAGUGCCUGGUCCUGUAGCGCAUUCCACAGAGGCAAGCAUCAAGGCUGUGGACGCUGGGGACCGCCAUCGGGACCCGACACCUGAGCUCGCUUUACCAAAUCCUUCUGUGAAUGGAGUCCCGGCAGAGAGCAGCCACUCCUCUGACGGCAGGGAAGGGGCAAGGGCCGCCGCAGGCGAAGACAGCAGCAGUGUGGAUUCCCUGGCGGGCCGCGUCGCGGCUCUCCUGAAAAACGAGUCGCCGGCCACGGUGGCCUCAGGCGUUGUGAGCGAGGCUGACGAGGAGGAGCGCAGAGCUCGAGACUGGAUUAAACUAAAGGUUUCUGGGGAGCAGUGUGAGCCUCUGGAAUUGAAUAUGGAAGAUCGACAGAAAAUAGAAGAAAUCAAAGCAGAGCUCUUACGAAACACAAAGAAACCUAGUGGUGCAAUAAAGGGCCAAUGGAGUACAGAUACUGACUCAGAUACCACAUCUAGCACGGUUGCAGUUACUGGGGUGCUGCCUUCACUGAAACCUACAGAAGAAUUUUGUGCCCUGAACACUGCAAAGCAUCAGAUCUCCAGUCAGCUGCAGAAACUGUCCAGCAAUCCUUUCAACACUAGUGUGGAGCUCCACACUCCACUUCGCAAGGAUAUGGAGGCACGUAUUCGAGAAAUUGCUCAAAGAGAGGGCCUUAGUGCGUCUCAGCAGGUGGCCCAUGAAACUGGCAGACCCAUUGUAUCCAUCACCUUUUCCUCCCGUAAGCGUUCCCCCUCUCCUGCAUCCCUCUCUCCCCUUCUGAGUCGCGCGUCUGACGUGGCUGACCACACAAGUGUCACCAGAGAUGAGGAUUCUCUGGUGGAACCUGUAAGGCUCACAGAGCUAGACAGAAGACAAGCAGGCAGCCUUCAGCCCCUGACAGCAACAAAAGAAGAAGUACAAAAAGUCAGAUAUUCCCAUCAAGGCCCUGGAAAGGGGCAGCCAUACACGGGAAAAUGUUCAGGCACUGAUGUCGAGGACGCUGUCAGUGAAGUCGAGAACAUUUCCUCAACACAAAGGCCUGUGGCAGUUUCAGAGUCAGGCUUCUGUUCAAAUAACCCUGUCUGCUUAAGAAAUAAUGCUUGUACUGGACAAGGUGAAGUUGAUUCACUAACCGAGCCUGAUGUAAAUUCUGGAAAGGAUGAUCUGACCCUGUGUUCUACAUCAGGGUAUGGUUUCCAUCACUAUCAGCUUGGAUUUGAUGCACAUGUCGAGUCAGACCUGAAACCUCCUGAAGUGUGUGGCAGCCAGACAGAAGAACAGAGGCAAGGCUCUCCUGGCACCACUAAUGACAGUCCUUUUGUCGUUCUUCAGCAUGCUGUACACAAAAGCCCCGGAGCACAUUUUCAUGUAAAUGCAACUCGAUACAGACAGUUGUCCACAUCUACCCCUAAUAUAGCCCUGGAGGAAAAUGCAUCAGCCAGUCUAAAGCCUAGUGCAUUACCUUUACAAGUUUCAUCAUUUGCCUCUGGUUCUUCUUCAGUCUCUUCACCCACCAAAAAAGUCCUGUCAUAUGUUCAUGUGACUCUGUCACCCAAACCAUCCAAUGAAAAAUCUAUGUCCACUGAUGACAGACAUUUUCAGUUUGGCACUUUUCCACCAGAGAGUGAUUAUGCUGAGUUUUUGAAGACGUCUGCUUCUGAAAACCCCUCAGAUACCAAUACACCCUCAGCAAUUCAAGGACAUUCAUACACAGAUGGUACGCAGUCGACAGAGGGUAUAUAUGAUACACACUCUCCGAUUACAGGUGAAACUAGUCAUGUCAGAGGCCGUGUCGCACAAACAGUGCGUGGUAACUGUCCUGAAUCUACAGUGAGGCAAGAACACUUGCGUAAAAAUCAGGAACGUUAUAGGCAACAUUUAAAUGAAAAUAUGCUUGUUGGCCAAAUGAAGCCCAGAUCUGCAGACGCUUCUGCCCAGAUAACAACCCACGUACCUGGCCUGUCGUCCGAGUCCACCAGACCUAGCUCCACCCUUUCAAAGUCCAGGUCACCUGCACAGCAGCCACAGGACCUACCAGUCCAGACAUCAGCUCAGCCUGUCCUGGUGCCGUAUAAGCCCCGUGGGAGCCAGAAGGUCUUUUACAUCCCCCAGAGCAGGGCUCAGGUUUCCCAGACACACUCGGACACCACCAUGGAAAGCUCCCAUCCAGGUUCAGAUGAUGCUAUUCCACCAAAAUUCACUGUUGAGAUUCUGGGUGCCAGGAACAAGGAAGUAGACAUUGACGUCACAGCCAAGCACAAAGAGGGUAUCUACAGCAAGACAGCACAGUCUAAAACUAGAUGGGAGGAAAACACAGGUUCAGACAUAGCCUUUCAUCGGCAACAAAGACUUACUGAAUAUACGCAUCAAGGUCACUCCAGACAUCCAAUACAUCCAAUAGAGUACCAGGGCUUUCUGGAGAAAAUGAGUGCUGAUGAGCUUCAUAGCAAAACAACAGCACAGAACAGAAGUCCUUCUUUCAGUGGAACAUUUUCUAAGGGUGCUAGCCAUCCUAGUGAAGAACACAGAAGACCAGAAAGAGAAUUCAGCAGGGAACACUUAGCUUUUAGCAGAAAGCACAAAGAGGAUAAAUUUUCCUCUCUAGAAGGUGAAGUUGAUUACACCAUGAAGGAACUACACCUCCAUCAGGGGUUAGAAAGAGAAAACCUCACUUCAACCAGAGCAUCAUGGAAUCAUAUCCCACAGGAGAACCCUUCUCCUCUGUCCAGGGAUAAAUUGGCUACUAAGAGAAACUUGGAUAACACUCUUAGAAGAGGGGAUCAGGUCUCUUCUGAGCAUUCUCUCCACAACAGUAACACUUUGGAUGAGCUGUGGGAGAAGUUUAAGGCGCGACAGAGCCUGGUGAAACUUAAUAAUCCCAGUGGGAAAGAGAGGUCCCUGCUGGAAAGGCUUGAUCGCCUUUCCAGGCUCCUUCACAACCCUUGUCAUCAUUCAUUUAUUUCUGAGAGGGAGACUGGCAAGGGCAGGGAUAGAGACCAUGGACCUCAGAAGAGGAAAAAGGAGGAAGUAAUGAGAAGGCUGAGAGAAAACAGAGAAAGCCAUAUCCAACAGGCAUGGGGGGAGGAGUCUGUGGAGCCAAAAGAGAUAACAGCACUCCAACCAUCUAAAACUCUCAAGCCUGUUAGGGACAUUUCCACAGCUAGCCCCUUGAGUCGCCAUCUUUACCUUGCGGAAAGAGAGCAGGUGGACUCAGUAACAAGUGAUACAGUGUCUGAAAGUGAUGUAGCAAUCCAAACAGAGUCAGGAGACAGCAGCCACACAGAAACCAGCAGCACUGUAUCCACAAUUGACACAGCCCGCCUCAUCAGAGCCUUUGGACCUCAGAGAGUAAAUGUCAACCCCAGCCUAAACAAACUGUACAGUGCUAUUGACAAACAGAAGGAGAGUUUGCACAAGAAGUCAGUGCCAAAGAAGAGAGCCAGCAAGAGUAAAAAACAUAUUGACACAGCCAGUCCGUCACUGUGUAGCACAGAGGAGUCAACGGUAAUGCCUGACUCUGUAUCAGCCAGCACCUGUUCAGUCCCUGUGCCCCGAGGUCCAUCAGGUGUUCUCACAAACAAGAAAACUGUUAAGUUGCUCAAUAAAGGAAUACAGGCAGGUGAUCUAGAGAUUGUGAACAGUGGCACUAAGAAAAACACCAGAGAUGUAGGCGUGACAUUCCCUUCACCGGGCUCUGCCUGGGCAGAACAGACAGGAGCCUCGCGCCACAUGGAGGCAAGAAGAGAUGAGAGGACCAGCUCAAACUCUCAGCAGUUCCUCUAUGAAAAGAAGACAAAGAAAAGUAAUCCACAGCGCCACACUCAAGGCAUGUCCUGGUUUGUCCCGGCGGAUGAGCUGAAGUCCGAGGCCAAGAAAGAGAACCAACCCAGCUCCGUGUCGGGCCCUGGCCCUGCCUGGUUCGAACCCAACACUAGAGCACAGCCCUGGAGGGAGCCCCUCCGAGAGAAGCAGGUCCAGGACGCUCCAGUCCCCAGCAGCCGGAGGAGCAGGGCGCAGCCCAUCACAGAGCCUGGAGCGGGUGCCAAGUGGCCCACUUCCCUCGUGCGUAUAACUCUUCAGGAAGCUCUUGCAAUGUGCCGUCCAGACUUCAUCUCUCGAUCCAGAGAGCGAAUGAAGAGGCUGGUGCUGCUGGCAGAGGAGAGGAGGACACAAGCUGUGUUUGACAGUGAGCGAGAGGACUUGUUUAACCAGCUGGGAACCAGAAGAGCCUGGGGAGUCGCUCACCCCAACAGGCAGCCACACAAAGAACUUCAUAUACAAAAGAAAAGAGCCAUUCCAAAGAAAGAGAUGUUCAUAAGAUCCAAACAGAAGUACGCUCAGCUCCCCGAGGUCCAGCAGCGCCGAGAGGAAGAGAGGAGGAGGGCAGAGUAUCGGUCCUAUAGACUCAAGGCAGACCUCUACAAGAGGAAAAUCACCAACCGGGUUUUGGGUCGGAAAACUCCAUGGCAGUGAAUAUGAUGAACUACCAUCUAAACAGACUGGAGUGCAGUGAGCAACAUGGAUCUGAUCAUCUGGACUCGUAUUGCAGGCACAAAGGAAUUUUACUUAGUUUUUUACAUGAUGUUUUUGCUGUAGAAGUGUUUGUUUCAUUAGCUUGAAAACCAUGUGCACUCCAAUGUUCUGUAGCAUACGUUUCAUUUUAUAUGUUUUAUGUUUCGUUGUGAAAUAUAUUUUUACUAGCAGAAUUUGUAACACUGGUAAAACAGAACACCUGUAAAUAAAAUAUGUUUAGUUUGAA